AGUAUUUAAAAAUGGCCGCAUCUACGAAGUAACUACGAGUGAUUUUGAAAUUAUAAUCGAUAUAUUCUUAAAAUCAUCGUAGUAAAUACGUCAAUGGCCUAAUUUAUUUAUAGUAUCUAAUUCUUUUUAUUAGCCUGCCAAGUAUUUUGACGCAAGAGCCUUGUGAAUACCAAUUCAUACUUUUACAUUUCCGCCUUGUCGAGACGGUUUCUGAAUCAGUCGUGCAUUAUUUAUUUGAAAUGCAUCUUUUCGCACAAUCGGCUCUAUAAUACUUGCAGGUAAUUGACACUUUUUUUCUCAUAUAAAAUCUUGUUUUUUAAAAGUUGCAUCGCAAUUAAAAUUGUGCAACAAAGUUAACUGUGAACAGCCAACAACCAGAAAGAUACAUUUUCAAGAGUGUAAGAAUUUUGUGCAAAGAAUAUGUCGCCCGGUGUUAACGAUGGUUCACGCAGCACAGGCACACUCCCAAAAAGCAAUAGAAGAAAUGAUAGAAAUAGAGAACGAUCUGCUGCUAAUCAAUUUUCUGCUGCUAAUCAAUUUGCAAUCCGUUCUGCUUAUCAUGGAUAUGCACAGCAUUCUAACAAUUUGUAUCAGUUGGAUUGGAAACCAGUUGUGGAACAGGAACAUUCAAGGAUAACAAAGAAUAGUAACACAAGAUCAGUUUUUUCAGCACUAUCUAGUUCUUAUCAAGAUAUACCUGAAUUUGUAUCAUUUAGUAGUCGACAACCAUAUAAUUAUAGUGCAGAAGAAUAUUCACAUUGGCAGAAGAUGGUUCCACCAAUUGAUUCUCAAACUCAAUCUCCUCCAAGACUUCAAGGAACAAAACCAUCAAAUGUUGAUAAAAUGCCUGAUAGAAGUCAAGUAGAAUCACGUUUAAAUCAAAUUAGAGAUUAUAUCAGAGUUACAUCAACUAUGAUGGAUUCAUUGAAUCAAUCUAGUGAUCCUCGUGCACAAGCCCAAAAUGAGAAGUUGAGUAGAAUGGUAGAGGAUCUUCAUGACAGUGAAAGAAAACUAACUAAACUCUUGGAACAAUAUCAAAAUCAUGGAAUAUUUUGUGAGAAUGGUGAAAAUAAUAGAGAGGAAAUAGAAGAAAAUGAUGUAAGUAGAGAAAUGGAGCUACGUAAGAAAAUGGAGGAAUCUCAAAGAAAACUUGCACAACUACAAGAACAUCAAGCUAGUUUAGUUGGAAUGCAAUUGCGUGUUAGAGAAAGAUUAAAUGAAGCACGUCAAGCUCAACAAGCUCUUUUACAACAAGAAAAUCAAAAUUCAAUUGGUUCAGCACUACCAUUACCUAUGAAUAUUGAACAACUUGAAUCUGAAACAGCUGCAUUAAGGGGAAAAUUGGCUCAACUUCAAACAAAGAAAAAAAAUAUGGAUCAUCUUGUAGCAGAAUUACAAGCUGUAGAGAUGUCUGAUAGAGGCAGUUGUAGUUCUGAAGGAAUUAUUCAAGGAAAAUCUUCAAGAAGAAAUUCUUCAAGAAAUUUCGGAAAAGACAAAGCUGCUGAAUUAGAAGCUAUGAAAGCACAACUUGCUCAUUUGAAAUCAUUAAUGGAAGAAGCAACAAAAGUACGUGAAUGUCUCGAUUCUAAUUCAGAUCGUGAAAUGGACGUAGAUGCAAAUGGUGAAACAUCUGGUAUGGAUGGAAAUGAAGAUGAAAAUGGAACAAAUAUUUCAUUUGAACAUCAAAGUGAUACUGAUGAAACAAAUCAUGAAAAGAUCAGAAAUACUGGAGAUAGACCAACUGUCGAAGAAAUUCAAGCUGUUACCCGAGAACUUCGAGAACAAUCAGCUUUAUUACAAACUACUAGGGCAGAAUUACAACGAAUAAAGCAACCCUUAUCAGCAAUGCAUUCUAAUUCUACAUCUGUAUUUUCGACUUCAACUCCUCCCCCAUCACUUACAGCAUCAACUGGAUCUGAUAAAAAGCAAAGUAAUACUAGUAACUAUGAAAUUCAAUCUGCUCAGGAAAAAAGACGUCAAAUCGAUGAUAUUAUGCGAAAAGAAUCAUCUCAAAUAAAUGUCAAUCGAGAUAUAGGAGGACCAAAUGAUUUAAGUAGUCAUAGAAGUUCUAGUUCACAUAUUAGUCAUAUAGGUACUCCUGCUAAUGUUUGGCCACCUUCAGCAACAAUGGGUGGAUCUAAUGAUCAAAGUGUAGAUGGCGUAUCUUCGGAAAAUUUAAUGGAUAUUGGACCUCAAACGACGGCGAUUGAAAAUGGAUUUAGUGGAAAUUGGUGGACAUAUCCACCGCCUCCGUUAAGUCAAUUACAACAUGGCUCAGCAGAGUAUUAUCGACAACUCUUAUUAGGUUCUCAAGCGCAACAACUUCAAAUGAUGGGUACUACAAUACAACAAUGUUGUCAACUAUUAUGGUCUCAACAACGAGAAUUACAAGCUAUGCGUACAGCUAUUACUCAAUUACAAUCUCAUUUGAGACAAACACAAUUACAACAGCGAAACAAUAGCGAAAAUAACGAUGAAUAUUCUAAUUUAAGUCGCAAUAUUCAUCAUCUUGGUGAAACAUUAGAUUCUGCAUUACCACCAAGUUCAUCUUUGCCAAAUCUGGUAUCGUUACCAAAUUCUUCUCCUGCAUUAUCUCAUAUUGCUACAAUAUCUUCCGUUAAUUCUCAACAUCAGCAACAACAAUUGAAUAAUCAAGUUCCUCCUGGGAAUAGAGCAAACAACUACUGGGAUAAUUUCAGAAGUUAUUCCAGACAAAAUUUACUCUCUGGAAAUAUAAAAACAAUGACUGAUACUACUUCUGGGCCCAUUGCAAAUACAUCUGGAAAUACUAUAUCAAGUGUUAAUACUUCUCUUAUGAAGGAUAAACGUAAUCGAGAUCAAGGAACUGAUAAUAUACCUUUACCUGCCUUAAGUGUAGCAGAAACACAAUAUUCCUCAAAUUUGCAACUACAGUCUAACUUGCAGCAACAAGAACGAGAAAAUACGGUUAUGCGUAGUAAUAUCUUAACAAAUGAAGUAUCUCAACAACAAGUUGAUAAUCUUUGGGAAGAUACACAUUCAUCAUUUCGAUUACCAUCUGUAAUAAAUGAUGAUAAUCCAUUUCAAAAUUUAAGUUCUGAAAUGAAAGAAGUAUUAAGUUCACUGAUACAUGUGAAUAAAAACCGGCCCGAUUAUCUUGUUAUUAUAUUAAGAGAAAUCAAAGCCAUAAGCGAAGACCAUAGAUUGCGACCUCGUUUAUGGAGAUCAUUGCGUGCUUUACAAGAUACACAAUCUCUAAGUAAUCCAUUGAAUGAAACAACUGAUCAAACUGCCAGUGAAAGUUGUCAAUCUAGUGAUGAAGAUUCUGAGGUAGAUGUAGUAUUAGGUAUGGGAACAGAAAAUCAUUCUAUAACAGAAUUAUUUGUAUCAUCUCAAGCAGGAACUUCAUCUCCUACAGCACAUAUACCUUUAAUAGAUCAUUUAGAUAUGCCAGGAACAUCUUCAGCUGAUUCUGCAAGUGUUCUGCCUUUAACAUCUAUUAAACCAGGUUACAAUGAAGAUCUAGCAGAAGCAGAUCAGUCAAGACCCGAAUCUUCUGGUAAUCAACAGCUUCCUGACAAUGAAGAAGAAAGUGAAGAAGGUCAAGGUGAAGUAGUAGGUCAUACUGAAUCUGCACAAGCAAGAUUUAGUGGUGAAGGAGAUUUAGAAAGUUUAGCUGCUAAAGCUGAAGAUGAAAGGAAUGAAGAUAAUGCAAUAUUUUGAUAUUGAAUUACAUUAAAAACUAUCUUUAGUUGUAUACAUAAUCAUUGAAUACAUACUAUAAGAUUAAUA